AGGGCUCAUGCAUGCUAAAUCAAAAACACCACGUGAUGGAUCAGCUCAUCCUGUUCAUGAUGAUGAAAGUGAUAUUAGAUAUUACCACACUGUUACAGCUACUGCAUCCUCAAAUCGCGGUGCUAUGACUAAGGUUAUGGAUAUUUUCAGAAAACCACAUGUACCACUGUCACCACCAGUGCCAUCACCUUUAGAAGAGGAUAAGAAAGAGAAAAAAAAGGAAAAGCAUUAUAGUUCUAUACAGCCUCGACCAAAAGCACCGAGAGAUGGUUCUGCUCAUCCAGUUCGAGAUGGUGGCUCUGAUGUACAGUAUUACCAUACCGUUACUGCGGCUACUUUAACAAAAAGUCCAAUGACUAAGGUAAUGGACAUCUUUAGAAACAGAUCCCAUGCAAGCGUGCCUCCAGAAGAUAGAAAAAAGGUAUGUGUUUAUGCUCAGAACAAAGCAAUGGUGUUCUAAUAUACAGCGUGUUGCAUCACGAGAGGUACA